GUUUAUUUUAUCCGUCGCCGUCUACGGUAUACAGUACACUCCCAUUUCUCCCUCCUCCCAGCCCGUGCGCCUCCCUCCGUUCAGUCGCUCUUUCUCUUCCUAAUCUCGCACUUUCACUGCUUCAGUGCUGUCACGGCGAGGAGAGGAGAGGAGGCGUACCAACCGACGUUUAUCUACACCUUGGAAGGCGAGUGAGGGGGAGACCCUUCACCACUAUUGCUCUCGUCUAUACGUUUACGUUACUGUGCUGGUAACGGACCACGCACUGCUCCCGACCACGGCAAGCCCGGCUCGGUUGGCACGGGCUAUUAGGAUUUAGGACAUAUAAUCUCCAAGCAUUCUGGACCAACCGUUCCAGUUCUAGUAGCGAGCAGCGGGAGUUUGAGCAGAGAGGCACGGUACCCUGGUUUAUAUCCGUAGCUUGUCCCUCUGCUUGCUCACAGGCAGACAUGGAAGAUGGUCCGUCUUCGACAAGCUGUUUUCGAAGGAUCACGGACUGUUUUCUGUGCUCAAGUCUGACGGACGACCAAGUGAAGGCGUAUCUCUCCGUUCACCCUCAGAUGCUGGAUGAGUUUGUAUCGGAGAGCGUGAGUUCAGAGACGCUGGACAGAUGGCACAAGACGAGAAAGAGCAGCGGUAGUCUGCCUGCAGACGAAACGUCAUCAGCUAACGACGGCAGCAGGCAGUACCAGGACAGGAACAUGCAGAAGGUGGUGCGUGACCUCACCAGCUGUCUGGAACAGCGUCUGGACACUGAGGGAGACACAAAGCUGCUGCUCUAUGACCUGUGUACCAUCAUCAAAACAGCCACGAAAGCAGAUGGAUUUGCCCUUUAUUUCAUGGGAGAAUGUAACAAUAGUGUGUGUUUGUUUAAACCGCCGGUGGCUGAGGACGUUCCUCCCAAGCUCAUCCCAGCUGGCCCGAUCACGUUUGGGACCACCAUCGCCGCACACGUGGCCACAACACGCAAAACACUGUUAGUAGAGGACAUCACAGGGGACCAGCGUUUCCCAGAAGGCACAGGUCAGGACUCAGACUCAGGGAUCCAUGUUCACUCUGUCCUGUGCCUCCCCAUCCUCACUUCCAUCGGUGACCUCAUAGCUAUCCUGGAACUGCAUCGGUACCGGGGCAACGAGCCCUUCGAUACCAGCAACCAGGAGGUUGCAACGGCGAGUUUAGCGUGGGCAUCUGUAGCUAUUCACCAAGUACAGGUGUGCAGAGGCCUAGCCAAACAGACUGAGCUCAAUGACUUUCUACUAGAAGUGUCAAAAACAUACUUUGACAACAUUGUGGCAAUAGAUUCUCUACUUGAACAUAUAAUGAUAAAUGCAAAAAGCCUGGUGAAUGCAGAUAGAUGUGCACUAUUCCAGGUGGACCACAAUAACAAAGAACUGUACUCAGAUCUGUUUGACAUCGGGGAGGAGAACGAAGGCAAACCUGUCUUCAGGAAAACCAAAGAGAUUAGGUUUUCUAUAGAGAAAGGUAUAGCGGGCCAAGUAGCACGGACGGGGGAGGUCCUUAACAUCCCAGACGCCUAUGCAGACCCACGCUUUAAUAGAGAGGUGGACCUCUAUACGGGAUACACCACGCGGAACAUCCUAUGCAUGCCCAUCGUUUCCAGGGGGACCGUAAUAGGGGUCGUACAGAUGGUUAACAAGCUGAGUGGAAGUGCCUUCACCAAAACAGACGAGAACAACUUCAAGAUGUUCGCCGUCUUCUGUGCUCUCGCCUUGCACUGUGCCAACAUGUACCACCGGAUCAGGCACUCUGAGUGUAUCUACAGGGUAACCAUGGAGAAGUUGUCCUACCACAGUAUCUGUACAUCAGAGGAGUGGAAGACCCUCACACAGCUGGACCUGCCUACGCCCCUAUACAAAGAGAUAGAACUGUUUCAUUUUGACAUUAGUCAGUUUGAGGAGCUGUGGCCGGCUGUCUUUGUUUACAUGGUCCACAACUCAUGUGGAGAGACCAGUUUUGAGCUGGAGAAGUUGUGCAGGUUCACUAUGUCUGUGAGGAAGAAUUAUCGGCGUGUUCCCUACCACAACUGGAAACACGCCGUGAACGUGGCUCACUGUAUGUACGCCAUACUGCAGAAGACCACCAGCAUCUUCACUGAGAUAGAGAAGAAGGGUCUGCUGAUAGCCUGUCUAUGUCAUGAUCUGGACCAUCGAGGAUACAGUAACACUUACCUGCAGAAGUUUGACCAUCCUCUAGCUGCCCUGUACAGCACGUCUACUAUGGAGCAGCACCACUUCUCCCAGACUGUAUCCAUCCUCCAGCUGGAAGGGCACAAUAUUUUCUCCAACCUGACUUCCAGUGAGUACGAGCAGGUUCUAGAGGUCAUCCACAAGGCCAUCAUCGCUACAGACCUGGCGCUCUACUUCGGUAACCGCAAACAGCUAGCUGAGCUACUGACCGCUGGAGCACUGGACCUGAACAACCACCAACACAGGGACCGUGUGAUUGGUCUGAUGAUGACAGCAUGUGACCUGUGUUCCGUUACCAAGCUGUGGCCAAUCACGAGACUCACAGCCAAUGACAUCUACGCUGAGUUCUGGGCCGAGGGGGAUGAGAUGAAGAAGAUAGGUAUACAGCCCAUCCCUAUGAUGGACAGAGAUAAGAAGGAAGAGGUUCCUCAGGGGCAGGUGGGAUUCUACAAUGCUGUUGCUCUCCCAUGUUAUACUACCUUAUCUGAGCUCUUCCCCCCGUCUGGCCCUCUUCUACAAGCCUGCAGGGAGAACCUUGGCCAAUGGGAGAAGAUAGUGAAUGGAGAGGAGGAGGACAGUGGAGUGAGAGGAGUGUGGGCUCCGUCAGAGCCUGUUGACCCCAGGGUAGAGCCUGUUGACCCCAGGGCAGAGCCUGUUGACCCCAGGGCAGAGCCUGUUGACCCCAGGGCAGAGCCUGGUGACCCCAGGGCAGAGCCUGUUGACCCCAGGGCAGAGCCUGGUGACCCCAGGGCAGAGCCUGGUGACCCCAGGGCAGAGCCUGUUGAACCCAGGGCAGAGCCUGUUGACCCCAGGGCAGAGCCUGUUGACCCCAGGGCAGAGCCUGUUGACCCCAGGGCAGAGCCUGUUGACCCCAGGGUAGAGCCUGUUGACCCCAGGGCAGAGCCUGUUGACCCCAUUGUAGAGCCUGUUGACCCCAGGGCAGAGCCUGUUGACCCCAGGGUAGAGCCUGUUGACCCCAGGGUAGAGCCUGUUGACCCCAGGGCAGAGCCUGUUGACCCCAGGGCAGAGCCUGUUGAACCCAGGGCAGAGCCUGUUGACCCCAUUGUAGAGCCUGUUGACCCCAGGGUAGAGCCCAGCACGGAGGAAACAUCGAACCCUGACACAGGCCCUGUGAAGGUGGACAACUGA